AUGUUUCUACAUGAAAACCCUUCAAGUUGCCUGACCAUAAUAUGUAAGUUGGCAAUAUAAUUCUCCAAACUCUCAUGAUGGAUAUUUCAACAUUUCUGACGUCCUCUAUUCAAUUUAUAGUAAACAGUGGGAAAACAAGGCGAAGUAUUGAGCGCAAUGACAGCAGAUCAGAUCGCCAUCUUCUCAUAAAAUACGUGGAGAAUAAUAAAUUCAGGAUAGGUGAGUUUGUUACGGAGAGGGAUUCUGUCUGUCCAGGCAUCCCAGUCGAUCCAAAAGUUCUUCAGAAGAAUGAGACAGUGAAGGUCAGGUGGAUCGAACUUCAGUUUGAAAAAGCUGGAUGUAAGUUUUCCUAGUGCACGUUAAGUUUGAUUACCUACUAAACUUGAGUGAUUAG